AUGUCGUCCUCGGACGAGGAGAGUCUGAGCGAGCGCUCGUGUGUGAGCGAGCGCUCGUUCCGCAGCGAGCGGUCGGGGGGGUCCCUGUCGCCCUGCCCCGCCGGACACACGGGGCCCCCCGGGGACACCCUGCCCUGGAACCUGUCCCGACACGAGCGGCGCAAACGCAAGAGCCAGGACUCCGUGCUGGACCCCGCGGAGAGAGCCGUGGUGCGGGUGGCAGAUGAGCGAGAUAGAGUGCAGAAGAAAACGUUCACCAAAUGGGUCAACAAACACUUGAUCAAGGUGCGGAAGCAUAUCACAGAUCUGUAUGAAGACCUGCGUGAUGGACACAACCUCAUCUCCUUGCUGGAGGUGCUGUCUGGAGUCACCCUGCCCAGAGAGAAGGGGCGUAUGCGUUUCCACAGACUGCAGAAUGUGCAGAUCGCCCUGGACUUCCUCAAACAGAGACAGGUCAAAUUAGUGAACAUCCGGAACGAUGACAUCACAGACGGAAACCCCAAGCUGACGCUGGGUCUGAUCUGGACCAUCAUCCUCCACUUCCAGAUCUCUGAGAUCUACGUUAGCGGUGAGUCGGGUGACCUCACAGCCAAGGAGAAGCUGUUGCUAUGGAGCCAGCAGGCGACAGAGGGCUACCCAGGCCUGCGCUGCGUCAACUUCUCCUCCAGCUGGAGCGACGGGCGCAUGUUCAACGCCAUUCUGCACAGAUACAGGCCCGACCUCAUAGACAUGGAGCUGGUUUCACGACAGAGUAACCGUGACAACCUGGAGCAGGCCUUCGAUAUUGCUGAGUCACUAGGGGUUACGCGACUGCUGGACGCCGAAGAUGUGGACGUGCCGUCUCCAGAUGAAAAGUCGGUCAUCACCUACGUGUCCUCCAUCUACGACGCCUUCCCCAAGAUCCCUGAGGGAGGGGAGGGCAUUGCUGCUCACGAGGUGGACCAGCGCUGGCUGGAGUAUCAGUCCCGUUUCUCCCACCUGCUCCAGUGGACCCGGCAGCACACACUGCUGAUGGCUGACAAGAACUUCCCCCAGAACCCUGUGGAGCUGAAGGCACUUUACAACGAGUACGUCCAUUUCAAAGAGACGGAGAUCCCGGGGAAGGAGCUGGAGAAGAGCCGGGUGGAGCACCUCUACAAGAUGCUCGAGGUAUGGAUAGAGUUUGGGCGCAUCAAACUGCCCCAGGGACUGCACCCCAACGAUCUGGAGGAGGAGUGGGGCAAACUGAUCCUGGAGAUGCUGGAGAGAGAGAAGGCCCUCCGGCCGGCCGUGGAGAGGCUGGAGCUGCUGCUACAGGUGGCUAAUAAGAUCCAGAACACAGCUCUGGACUGUGAGGAGAAACUCACUCUGGCCAAGAACACACUGCAAGCGGACAUGUCCCAUCUGGAGAAUGGGGAGCCGGUGCGCUGUGAGCAGGAUCUGGGUGCUUAUCUGCUGGACUGUGAGGCGCUGAUCAGGCAGCUUCAGCUGGACCUGCAGAUCCUGAGGGACGAGAAGUACUACCAGGUGGAGCAGCUGGCCUUCAGGGUGUCGUGCCUGCAGGAGGAGCUGGUAUCUCUCAGACUGCAGUGCGCCAGCGUCUACAGGAAGGGCCACUUCUCCCCAGGGGGCCUGGCGGGGGAUCAGGCCGGCCAGCGGGGCGCGGGCCGGGAGGGCCUGUCCCUGCCCCUGGGGGCGCAGACCCUGCUGGGGGCCGUGGGGGCGGUGGCGGCGCUACUCAGACGACCCAUGUCCCGCGCAGAGCUGGUGGCCAUGUCCUCCUCCGAGGACGAGGGCAGCCUGAGGUUCAUCUACGAGCUGCUGGGCUGGGUGGAGGAGACGCAGGACCUGCUGGAGCGGGCGGAGUGGGGUGCAGACCUGCCCUCUGUGGAGCAGCACCUGCAGGAUCAUAAAUCCAUACACAAUGCAGUGGAGGAGCUACUGCGCAGCCUGGAAGAAGCGCGUCGCUACGAGUCUACCAUCUCCCCAAACUUCCGCAGCAGCUACUCUGAGACUCUGGCAAAGCUGGAACACCAGUACUGCAAACUACUGGAGAACUCGUCAUGGCGGCUGCGCAGCCUGGAGAGCCUACACGCCUUUGUUUCGCGCUGCACGGAGGAGCUGAUCUGGCUGAACGAGAGGGAGGAGGAGGAGCUGGCCUUCGACUGGAGCGAAAGCAACACCAACGUGGCGGCCAAGCGGGAGCUGUACGCGGAUAUGAGGUCAGAGCUGGAGGAGAAACAGGAAGUGAUGCGCUCCUUACAGGAAACGGCUGACCGGCUCUGUCAGGAGAAUCACCCGGCCAAGCAGACAGUGGAGGCCUACAGCGCCGCCCUGCAGACGCAGUGGGAGUGGGUCAACCAGCUGUGUCUCUGCGUGGAGCAGCACCUGAAAGACAACACCGCCUACUUCCAGUUUAUGAGCGAUGCCCGGGACUGUGAGAGCUACCUGCGGCAGCUUCAGGACACCAUAAAGAGACAGUACACCUGCGACAGGAACAGCAGGCUGGGAAAGCUGGAGGACCUGCUGCAAGACUCCAUGGAGGAGAAGGAGCAGCUGAUCGAGUACCGCAGCACUGUGGCGAGCCUCGUGGGCCGAGCCAAGACCGUCGUGCAGCUCCGCCCACGCAGUGCGGACUGCGCCGUGGCAACGACCACGCCCAUCCGCGCAAUCUGCGACUACCGGCAGAUCGAGAUCACCAUCAGUAGAGGAGAGGAGUGUGUGUUGGAGGAUAACUCUCAGCGCACCAAAUGGAAGGUCAUCAGUCCCAGUGGCAAUGAGGCCAUGGUACCCUCAGUCUGCUUCACCGUCCCGCCCCCCAACCAGGGAGCGCUGGACAUCGCCAGCAGGAUGGAGCAGCUGUAUCAGAAUGUGAUGUCCCUGUGGCACCAGCUGCAUGUGAACAUGAAGAGUGUGGUCUCCUGGCACUACCUGCAGAAGGACAUCAGAACCGUCUCAUCCUGGACUCUGGACACGGUGCGUUCUCAGUCUCCGAGCGACAGGCAGCAGGCCCUUGACAACCUGGACGCUCACCUGUCGGACUUCCUGGCAGACAGCCGGGAGAGCGCCCUCUUCACCGCCGCCGAGAGGCGGGAGCUGGAGAAGGAGGCCGAAAACAGCCGCGCCCACUGCCACGCCCUGCUGGUCUCCAUGGAGACAGUGGAGAAGGACGAGUCGGUCUCUCGCUCCUACCUGUCGGAGCUGCAGGACAUCAAACAGCACCUAGAGGAGGCGGAGCAGCGGCUGACGCGGGGGAUCCAGGCCCCGCCCCCCAGCAACCUGAGCAGCGACAGCGUGGACAGCGCGGUCCAGAUCGCCGAGCAGGAGAAGCUGCAGCAGGACCUGGAGGGGCUGCGCUGCAACCUGGGCGAGGUGUCCCGCAGGUGCGUCAGCUUCUUCGAGGAGAAGCCCGCCUCGUCCAGCGUGCCCGUCCUGCGCUCCGAGCUCAACCUGGCCGUGGAGCAGAUGGACCGCGUGCACGCGCUCUCCUCCGUCUACCUGCACAAGCUGAAGACCGUGGACAUGCUGAUGCGCAGCUCGCAGGCCGCGGAGAGCCUGGUGAAAAAGUACGAGAGCCGGCUGAGCGAGGAGGACAUCGUCCCGGCCGACACCAGCGCCAUCCAGUCCCUCCGGGACCAGCUGGGGAGAUGGCAGGCUGAGAUGGACCAGCAAGAUCCAGUCUUCCACUCCCUGGACAUGGAGGUCCAGCGGGCCCGGGAGGCGGGGUCUCGGCUCAGCCGGCUGCACCCGGACCGCAGCCCGGAGCUGGACCGGUACCUGGAGAGGGCGGCUCAGCUGGCGGAGAGAUGGGCCGGCAUCAGGAGGCAGAUGGAGACCCGGCAAGCGGACCUGGAGACACUGGGCUCGGUUCUGCGGCAGUACCGAGAGGGGCACUCGGCGCUGAUCCGGUGGAUCGAGGAGACGACGGAGAGGCAGGAGAACACGCAGCCCGGUCAGACGGACAGCAAAGUGCUGUCCGAGCAGCUGGCUCAGCAAACGGCCCUGGUCGCUGAGAUCGAGCAGAACCAGGUAAAACUGGACCGGUGCCAGACCCACUCCAAACAGUACUGCGCUGCUGUGAAGGACUAUGAGCUGCAGCUGAUGACGUACAGAGCCUUUGUGGAGUCGACCCAGAAAUCCCCAGUGAAGAGGAGGAGAAUGCACUCUUCAUCUGAUGCCAUCACACAGGAGUUCAUGGACCUGCGCACACGCUACACCGCGCUGGUCACCCUGACGACGCAACAUGUCAAAUACAUCAGCGACGCCCUCCGCAGACUGGAGGAGGAGGAGAAAGAGGUGGAGGAGGAGAGGCAGGCGCAUGUGGGACAGGUGUCCGACCUGCUCUGCUGGGUGAGGGGGCUCCAGGAACGCGCCAGGAGCACCACAGGGGUGCUGAGCGGGGACCCCAAAUCUGCUGAGUCGUCACUGGCCGCACAGCAGGCCAUUAGUGAACAGCUCGCUGCCAAGAAGGAGGAAGUGGCAGAAGCCAUCAGGAGCACCCAGGUGUUUCUGAGGUCUAAGCAGGCCAGCAAGCUGUCUGCGGAGGAGCGAGCCCACGUGACGUCCCAGCUGGACGAGCUGACGGACACCUACAGCCAGCUGUGUCAGAGCUCUGCUGCCCAGCUGCAGCAGCUGGAGGAGCAACUGGCGCGGGAGGAGGAGCGCAAGGUUGUUCAGCAGCAGAAGGCGGAGUGCUCUCAGAAGCUGGAAGGCCUGACCAUGUGGUUGGCCGGUGCCGCCAGCAUGCUGGCCAAUCAGAAAGCGGGAACAACGUCAGGUGACGUCAGCGUGCUGCAGGAGAAACAGAGAGAGCUUAAGGAGGUGCAGCGGGACCUGCAGACGCGUGGAGACGGGGUGAUGGAGGCGGUGAGGGGGGUGGAGGAGUUCCUGGCGGAGCGGGGCGACGGUCUGAGCGCGGAGGAGAGGGCCGGCCUUCAGAGGGCUCUGUCCCAGGUGCGAGAGCAGUACAGCUCCCUGACGGACACUGCCCAGUCCUCCCUGGCCCAGCUGGACACGGCCAUCAGCACCACGGUCCAGCAGAACACUCAGAGGGCGAAGGCUGUGGAGGAGCUUCAGGAGACUCAGGGAAAGAUUGACACACUACUGAACGAGCUGUCAACACUACAACAGCCUGGGGAUGCGAUGCAAACCGACGCCCCAUCCUCCCAACAGCCAGGGGGCGCUCUUCAGUCACACUGUGAGACACUACAGGCGGAGCUGCAGCAGCUGCAGGCCCAGCAGGCUCAGCUCCUGCAGGUGUCGCAGUCGGCCCGGUCCCUCCUGGAGCAGCCGGACUCCAGCGUGCCGGCCGAGGAGAAGCAGCGUCUGCGGGCGGCGUUGGACCGGCUGCGCGGGCAGCACCAGGACCGGCUGCAGGGCUGCCAGGACCGUCUGCGGCGGGCCGACGCACUGCGGGAUGAGCUAGCCAAGUUCCUGCAGGAGCACGGCCACCUGGGGGCCUGGCUGGAACUCAGCGAGCAGGAGCUGCGUUCCCUGGGGGAAGGAGAAACCGACGCGCAGGGCCUGAGGGACAGGCUGGAGGAGCACAAGAAGCUGGCGGAAGACGUGAUAUGCCACAAGGCGGACCUGCGUUUCGUCACCAUCUCGGGCCAGAAGGUUCUGGACUCGGUCCAGGGGGCCCGGGAGAGGGAGGGCAGAGUGGACCCGGCGCUGGAGGAGACCCGGCAGCUGGUCAGCGACAAACUGCAGGAUGCUACGCAGCGUUACGCCACCCUGCACAGCCAGUCCUCGGACCUGGGCACCCGUCUGGCCGGGGUUUUGGACCGGCACCAGCAGUACCAGGAUGAGGCGGGCUCUCUGAACACCUGGCUGAGCGCUCAGGAGCAGAACGCAUGCAUAGUGGGAACGAGUGGGGAGCAGACGGACACACAGACGCUGCAAAACGCACUGCGCGCCGUGCAGCUGUUGCAGGACGAGCUGGCCGAGCGCUCGGUGCAGUUGGAGAGAGUGAGGAGAGCUGGGAGAGAGCUGGCCAGCUCACAGGAGUCCCCCAGGCUGAAAGCAUCCGACAUCAGCAACGCUGCAGAUGCCCUGGAGAGUCGUUUCGGGGACCUGUCCACGACGGUAUCGGCCCGCGCGGAGCAGCUGCAGACGGCGGUGGCCCAGUCGGUCAGUGUUCAGGAGGGAGUUCAGUCACUCCUCUCCUGGCUGGACGGGCUGGUGCUGUCUCCCGGACCGGUCCAGCCCACCACCCAGGCCGUCCAGGAGGCGCUCACACAGAACCAGAAACUGCGUCAGGAGCUGUUGUCCAGGCAGGGGAGCGUUGACACCAUGCGUGACUCCGUCUCCAAGCUCCUCCAAACGGCAGACGCGACCACGUCCUCCGGCCUGCAGGGGGCGCUGCAGGAUCUGAGCCGACGCUACACGGAGGCGCAGGCCAGACAAAGCGAGAGGGAGGCGGAGCUGCGAGGCCUUCUUCCCAGGCUGGAGAGCUACGAGCGCCUGAGCGCCGACCUGCGGAGCUUCACUCAGACCCGCGAGAGAGCGCUGAGCCUCGGGGGACAGCCAGACCGCAGUGUGGCGGACUACAGACAGACCAUAGAGGAAGUAAACUCAGAGCUGGCCCAGGAAGAAGAUCAGCUGAAGUCCCUGUGUGAGCUCGGGACCGAUCUGAGCCAGUGCGGGGUCCUCACGAACACUCAGAGCCUGUUGGACACUGUGAAAGAGGUGUCUGAGGAUUUUGCCCGACUGCAAUCAAGUGUCAAUGAGAGAUUCAGUUCCAUCCAGAGCUGUGAGGAGCAGCUGGUGCAAUUCCGCUCGCUCUCUGGCGCCCUCCUGAGGUGGCUGCAGGCAACGCAGGAGCAGCUGCCGCAAGAGGAACCCUGCCUCAACACUGAAGGGCUGCAGAGGAGAGUGCAGCAGCUGCAGGAGCUGCUUAGUGACUGGGAGGCCCAGGGAGUUAAGGUGCAGGAGCUGAACCAGACCGGGUCAGAACUGGAGACCCUGAUCAUCAACAUCACUGCCCCCUACGGCAAGACAGGUGUUCCCCAGCUCAAUGGUGCCGGCAGUCCCAGCAGUAUCAAUGGCAUUCACACCUGCAAAGAUCUGACGGAGAUCCAGGUGGCCCUCGCCGAUGUGAAUGGCGGGUACGAGCGGGUGGGCGGGGACCUGCGGGAGAGGCAAGGGCGUCAGGCCUCCUCCCUGGAGCUGCGCCAACGGGCACGGCACGACGCUGAGGCCCUCGCCCAAUGGCUGGGCAGCCGAGAGCAGACCCUGGCUCAGGGCCAGACCGCCUCCCCCUCCCGGCCCGAAGUGGUACGCGCCCAGGCCCAGGAGAACAAGGCCCUUCUCUCUGAGCUGGCAGAGCAGUCUGGGAAGGUGGAGGACGUGAAGAGCACCUUACAGAAGCUGAUCACAGAGAACCCAGACUCCCCCGAGGCAGAAACGUGGAAGCAGCAGCUGCGUGACAUCGACUUGCGGUGGGACAGAGCCAAUCAAAUGGCGGCGCAGAGACAGACAGAACUGGAGACUUGCGCUGAUAGGCUGGGCAGCUUCGCCACGGCGGCCAAUCAGCUGGGACCCUGGCUCCGGGAGAAGGAGCUGAUGAUGAGCGUGCUCGGGCCCCUGAGCAUCGACCCCAACAUGCUGAACACCCAGAAACAGCAAGUACAGUUCAUGCUGCGUGAGUUCGAGACGCGGCGGCCGCAGUUUGACCAGCUGACCCAGGCGGCGGAGGGCAUCCUCUCCCCAUCUGGCGGUGGGGCGGAGGGUAGCGGGGAGGCCCAGGACCAGCAAGAGGUGCGGGACGAGCUGGAGGCCAUCUCCCGGCAGUGGGGGGACCUGACGUCCCGGCUGUCGCAGCGCUCGGAGCAGAUCGACCGGGCGCAGGGGACCAGCGAGCGCUACCAGGCCCUGCUGAGGCAGCUCUCCCUCAGCCUGGCGGCGCUAGGCGAGCGGCUGGAUGCGCAGGCCUCGCUGAGCGCCCAGCCGGAGGCGCUGCGGAGGAGGCUGCAGGAGACCGGGGAGAUCCGCGCCGAGCUGGAGCAGAGGAGGGGAGAGCUCGUCCAGGCCGAGCUGCUCUGCGGGGAGCUCAGCACCAUCGUGGCUGAGCCCUACCUGCGGGAGGAGCUCCACAAGAGGCUGGAGAGCGUCAGCGGCCCGCUGCGCAGCCUGGAGGAGAGGGCAGCGGACGGCCUGUCUCAGCUGCAGGCCGCCCUCUCCAGCACGCAGCAGUUCCAGCAGAUGUUCGAGGAGCUCCGCGGCUGGCUGGACGGGCACACGGGCGACCAGCCGGACGGGGCGGGCGGCGCUUCCCUGCCCUGCCAGCCGGGGGCGCUGCGUGAGCUGCUGGUCCGGCAGGAGGAGUUCCAGCGCGGCGUGGCACAGCAGCGGGGCCCGUACGAGCUGAUCCAGGCGGAGGGGGCGUCCCUGCUGGCCUCCCUGCCCCACGGGGGCGAGGAGAGGGCCGGCCUGCAGGCGCGGCUCGCAACCCUGCGGCAGGACUGGGACGGGCUGAACCAGGGCACUGGCGAGCGGCUGGCCCGUCUGAAGGAGGCGCUGACGCGCGCCGAGCUCUACCAGCAGCACCGGGCGGAGCUCAGCCCCUGGGUGGAGGCAUGCGAGGAGCAGGAGGGGGCCAUCCGGGCCUCCCUGGAGCCCGCCGUGCUGGAGGAGGCACUGCAGAAGGCCCGGCAGCUGGGCCUGGACCUGGAGCGCCGCCGCCCCCUGGUGGAGGCCCUGAACACCGCGGGCGACCAGCUGCUGGAGCACUGCCGGGCAGGGGAGGAGGAGGUGCGGGAUGAGAAGGCGGCGCUGAACCGGCGGGUGGACGGGCUGUCGGAGCGGCUCCAGGCCCGCACCGCCCAGCUGGAGGAGCUGUCCGGCCGGCUGCGGGAGUUUGAGGAUGGCAGGCAGGCCGUGGAGAGGCGGCUGGAGGCGGCCCGGCACCAGAUCGAGGUCCAGGAGGCGCUGGGUCCGCAGGCCUGCAGCAGCAAGAGCCUGGAACGUCUGCGCAGCCAGCAGGAGGCGCUGCGGUCCCUGCAGCCGCAGGUGGCGUACCUGCGUGACCUGGCCCGGGGGCUGGUGCAGGACGCCCCGCGGACAGCGGGGGGCGCCGGCGAGGGAGGGCAGCAGCUCCAGAAGCAGGCGGAGGACACGGAGACGGAGUUCAGGGAUGUGAGCGAGAAGAUCGAGCAGUGUUGCUCCUCCCUGGAGUCGCGGCUGCAGGGGGUGGGGGAGGUGCAGUCGCGCGUGCGGGACGUCUUCUCCCGCCUGGCCGACCUGGACGACGAGCUGGACGGGCUGAGCCCCGUGGGGCGGGACGGCGACUCGCUGGCCUCGCAGGCGGAGGCGGUGCGGGGCUUCCUGGCCCGGCUGGCGGCGCUGCGGGCCGAGCUGGAGGGCCACGGCGGCGAGUGCGCCGCCAUGCUGCGGCGGGAGGGCAGCUCGCCCGACCUGCUGGCCCUCCGCAGGGAGACCGAGGCCCUGAGCCGGCAGGCGGGGAAGCUGGCCGAGAGGGGCCAGGCCCGGCUGGGGCAGGUGGAGGCGGCCGCCGAGAGGGUGCGCGAGUUCUACGCCCGCGUGGCGGAGCUGCAGGAGCUGCUGGGACGGGCCGAGGACGGGCUCAACGCCCAGGGCGCCGUGGGGACCGAGGUGGAGGUCAUCAAGCAGCAACUUCAGGAGUUCAAGGCUUUGGAACGGGAGCAAGUGGACAGCAUCCAGCCCAGACUUCAGCAGGUGAACGCCGUGGGUCAGGGUUUGAUCCAGAGUGCAGCCAAACACACCGACACACAGGCCCUGGAACAUGACCUGGAGACGACCAACCUGCGCUGGAACUCCCUCAACAAGAGGGUGGCAGAGCGCAUUGCACAGUUGCAGGAGGCCCUGUUGCAUUGUGGGAAGUUCCAGGAUGCACUGGAACCCUUGCUGAGCUGGCUGAGUGACACGGAGGAGCUGAUAGCCAAUCAGAAGCCUCCGUCGGCUGAGUACAGGGUGGUCAAGGCCCAGAUACAGGAGCAGAAGCUUUUGCAGAGGCUGCUGGAUGACCGGCGUGGGACGGUGGAGAUGAUUCGGGCGGAGGGAGAGCGCAUCGCUGCCACUGCCGAGACGCAGGACAGAGACAAGAUCCGCAGACAGCUGGAGAGCCUGGGAGAGAGGUGGACCGAGCUGCUGGACAAGGCCAGCGCGAGGCAAAGCCAGCUGGAGGAGCUGCAGGUGCUGGCCCUUCAGUUCCACGAGGCCGUGGAGCCGCUGGGAGAGUGGCUCAGCGCCACGGAGAGACGCCUGAGUUCCGCCGAGCCCAUGGGCACCCAGACCGCCAAGAUCACCCAGCAGAUCGCCCGCCACAAGGCCCUUCAGGAAGAGGUGUGCGCUCGCGGGGCGGAGGUGGAGCGCCUGGAGGCUCUGGGCCAGUCUCUGUCCCCGCUGAGCAGCGCGGCGGACCGCGAUUGGCUGGGAGAGCGCGUGGGGGCGGUGCGGGGCGGGCACGCGGAGCUGCGUGAUCGGUGCAACCGGCGGGCGGCCAUGCUGGAGCAGGCCCUGGCCAACGCCCAGCUGUUCGGGGAGGAGGAGGUGGAGGUGCUGAACUGGCUGGCCGAGGUGGCACAGAGGCUGGCCGAGGUGUCGGUGCAGAGCUACCAGCCUGAGCAGCUCUCUCAGCAGCACAAACACACACUGUCGCUGAACGAGGAGAUCGUGAGCAGGAAGAAGACUGUCGACCAGGCCAUUAAGAACGGCCAGGCCCUGCUGAAACAGACCACAGGCGAGGAGGUGCUGCUGAUCCAGGAGAAGCUGGACGGGAUAAAGAGCCGCUACGCGGAGAUGACGGCCGGCAGCAGCAAGGCCCUCAGGACGCUGGAGCAGGCCCUGCAGCUCGCCACGCGAUUCGCCACUGCCCACGACGACAUCAACCAAUGGCUGGACAGCAUGGAGGCGGAGCUUAACAAUGCAGAGCCUGACACUACCCCCGCCUAUCAGGACAGACAAAAGGAGCUGAAGUGUGUAUCCGCGGAGAAGAGGCUGGUGCUGGACACGGUGAACGAGGUGGGCAGCGCCCUGCUGGACUUGGUGCCCUGGCGUGCCCGCGAGGGGUUGGACCGCCUCGUGGCCGAUGCCAACCAGCGCUACCGACAGGCUGACGAAACCAUCACCCAGCGCGUGCAGCUGGUGCAGGCCGCCAUCCAGAGGUCACAGCAGUAUGAGGAGGCCGUGGACGCGGAGCUGGCCUGGGUGGGUGAGACGGAGAGGAAGCUGGGCUCCCUGGGGCAGCUCAGCCUGGAGCCGGAUGUGACGGUGGCUCAGCUGCAGGUGCAGAGGGCCUUCAACAUCGACAUCAUCCGCCACAAGGACACCGUGGACCAGCUGCUGAAGACCCGCGACGAGAUCCUGGACACCUGUAGCGAGCAGCAGAGGGAGGCGCUGAAGGUGAAGACGGACUCUCUGAGCGCGCGGUACGAGGCCGUGAGCCAGAGCCACUCGGAGCGCUUCUCGGCCCUGGAGCAGGCACAGGUGCUGGUGGCCCGCUUCUGGGAGACCUACGAGGAGCUGGAGCCCUGGCUGGGCGAGACGGAGACCCUGAUCGCCCAGCUGCCCCCGCCCGCCAUCGACACCGAGGCCCUGAGGCAGCAGCAGGACCAGAUGAGGCUCCUGAGGGAGUCCAUCGCUGAGCACAAGCCCCACAUCGACAAGCUGCUGAAGAUCGGCCCCCAGCUGGCGGAGCUGAGCGUCCAGGAGGGGGCGACGGUGAGGCAGCGCUUCAGCGAGGCCGAGAGGCGCUACCUGGCCAUCAAGGAGGAGGUGAAAGACCGCGCCACCGCGCUGGACGAAGCCGUCUCCCAGUCCACACAGCUGGUAGAGUUCCAUGAUAAGAUGGACCCCCUGCUGGAGACGCUGGAGGGGGCGGUGCAGCGGCUGAGACAGCCCCCUCCGGUGGCAGCGGAGGUGGAGAAGAUUCGGGAGCAGCUGGCGGAGCACCGGGCCACGGGGCUGGAGCUGGACAAACUUCUGCCCUCCUUCAGCGCCCUGUGCACCCGGGGCGAGGAGCUGAUCACCCGCGCGCCCCACGACGACCCCGCCGCCCAGGCUGUGCGCUCCCGGCUGCUUCGGCUGCGCUCCCUGUGGGAUGAGAUCCGGCAGCGGGCGGAGGAGAGGGAGGGGAAGCUGCAGGAUGUGCUGGAGCUGGCCGGAAAGUUCUGGGCGGACAUGGCGGCGCUGCUGAGCACGCUCCGUGACUCCCAGGAGAUCGUGAAGGACCUGGAGGACCCCGGCGUCGACCCAUCUCUCAUCAAACAGCAGAUCGAGGCUGCCGAGGCCAUUAAGGCGGAGACGGACGGACUCAGGGAGGAGCUGGAGUUUGUGCGCACGCUGGGAGCUGACCUCAUCUUCGCCUGCGGAGAGACCGAGAAGCCUGAGGUCAAGAAGACCAUCGACGAGAUGAACGCUGCUUGGGAAGGCCUGAACAGAACAUGGAGAGAGAGGAUGGAGAGGCUGGACGAGGCCAUGACCGCCUCUGUGCAGUACCAGGAUGCUCUGCAGGGCAUGUUCGACUACCUGGACAACGCCGUGAUCAAGCUCUGCGACAUGUCUACCGUGGGAACUGACCUAAGCACCGUUAAGCAGCAGAUCGAGGAGCUGAAGCAGUUCAAGGUGGAAGUGUACCAGCAGCAGAUCGACAUGGAGAAGCUCUGCCACCAGGGGGAGCUGCUGCUGAAGAAGGUGUCCGACCAGACGGACCAGGACAUGAUCCAGGAGCCCCUGACUGAACUGAGACACCUGUGGGAUAACCUGGGAGACAAGAUCACGCACAGACAGCACAAGCUGGAGGCUGCUCUUCUCGCCCUGGGUCAGUUCCAGCACGCCCUGUCAGAGCUGCAGUCCUGGCUCAAGCACACCCACGCCACCCUGGACACCCAGCGGCCUGUCAGCUCCGACCCCAAAGCCAUCGAGAUCGAGCUGGCCAAGCACCACGUGCUGCGGAACGACGUGCUGUCCCACCGCUCCACCGUGGAGACGGUGAACAGCGCCGGGUCCGAGCUGCUGGAGUCCAGCCCGGGGGACGACGCCAACCACCUGCGGGACCAGCUGGACGAGCUCAACCGCAGCUGGGAGAGCCUCCUGCUCAAGACCCAGGAGCGGCAGAAACUGCUGGAGGCAGCGCUUCAGCAGGCGGAGGGUUUCCAUGGCGAGCUGGAGGAGUUCCUGCAGUGGUUGAGAAGGACAGAGUCUCAGCUCUCUGCUGCCAAGCCCACCGGGGGCCUGCCUGAGACGGCCAGGGAGCAGCUGCAGCAGCACAUGGAGCUCCAGUCUCAGCUGUCCCAGAGAGCGGAUCAGUACCACCGGCUGCUGGACCAGGGUGAGUCCAUGCUGCUGUCCCGGGGCGGGGAGGAGGGCGGUCCCGGCGCCACCCAGACCCAACAGAACCUGGCCCUGCUGCAGAACAAGUGGGCCAGCCUCAACACCAAGAUGGACGACAGACGGGCGAAGCUGGAGGAGGCCGUUGCCCUGGCAACCGGGUUCCAGUCGUCCCUGCAGGACACCAUAAACUGGCUGACCCAGGCAGAGCAGACCCUGAACAUGGCCCAGCCGCCCAGCCUCAUCCUGGACACCGUCCUCUUCCAGAUCGAUGAGCACAAGGUGUUUGUGAAUGAGGUGAAUACCCACCGGGAGCAGGUUCUGGCUCUGGAGAAAGCUGGGUCGCAGCUCCGCUUCGCCAGCCUCAAGCAGGAUGUGGUUCUGAUCAAGAACCUGCUGCUGAGCGUGCAGGCCCGCUGGGACAAGCUGGUGCAGCGGUCCCUGGACCGGGGCCGGCACCUGGACGAGGCCCGCAAGAGAGCCAAGCAGUUCCACGAGGCGUGGAGGAAGCUGACGGACUGGCUGGAGGAGGCGGAGAGCCGUCUGGACUCGGAGCUGGAGAUCUCCAAUGAGCCCGACAAGAUCAAAGUGCAGCUGGCCAAGCACAAGGAGUUCCAGAAGGCUCUGGGGUCCAAACAGCCAGUGUAUGACACCACAGUUCGAUCAGGCCGGGCUAUGAGGGACAAGGCCACCCUGCCGGCCGACACCCAGAAACUGGACAACCUUCUGGGGGAGGUCCGGGACAAAUGGGACACUGUGUGCGGGAAAAGUGUGGAGAGGCAGCACAAGCUGGAGGAGGCGCUGCUGUUCUCAGGUCAGUUCGCAGAGGCCCUGCAGGCGCUGGUGGACUGGCUGUACCGAGUCGAGCCCCAACUGAGCGAGGACCAGCCCGUCCACGGAGACCUGGACCUUGUCUCAAACCUGAUGGACUCUCACAAGGCAUUCCAGAAGGAGCUGGGGAAAAGGACGAGCAGCGUGCAGGCGCUGAAGCGGUCGGCGCGGGAGCUGAUGGAGACGGGCCGGGACGACACCGCCUGGGUGCGGGUCCAGCUGCAGGAGCUCAGCAACCGCUGGGAGACCGUCUGCGCCCUGUCCGUCACCAAGCAGACCCGCCUCCAGCAGGCCCUCAAACAGGCCGAGGAGUUCCGCAGCGCAGUGCAGAUGCUGCUGGAGUGGCUAUCGGAGGCGGAGCAGACGCUGCGUUUCCGCGGCGUCCUGCCGGAGGAGGUGGAGACUCUGCAGUGCCUGCUGCACUCGCACCGGGAGUUCAUGCAGACGGUGGAGGAGAAGAGGGUGGACGUCAACAAGGCCGCCGGGCUCGGGGAGGCCAUCCUGGCCGUCUGCCACCCGGACUGCAUCACCACCAUCAAGCACUGGAUCACCAUCAUCCGCGCCCGCUUCGAGGAGGUGCUCACGUGGGCCAAACAGCACGAGCAGCGCCUGGAGGCAGCUCUCACAGAGCUGCUCAACAACGCAACACUAUUGGAGGAGCUGUUGACAUGGCUACAGUGGGCGGAGACUACCCUUGUGCAGCGUGACACAGAGCCCCUCCCCCAGGACAUCCCUCAACUCAAAACACUAAUCACAGAGCACCAGGUGUUCAUGGAGGAGAUGACCCGGAAGCAGCCAGACGUCGACCGCGUGACCAAGACCUACAAGAGGAAGCCGGCGGAGCCGCCGAGCAGCCUGGCAGAGAGACGGGGAGCGCGUAAGCAGCAGCAGCAGCAGCAGCAGCAGCAGCAGGCAGCGAUGCAGGUCGCCGGGGGCAACCCCCGCCUCAACCAGCUCUGCUCCCGCUGGCAGCAGGUGUGGCUGCUCGCCCUCGACCGUCAGCGCAAGCUCAACGACGCCCUCGACAGGCUGGAGGAGCUGAAGGAGUUUGCGAAUUUCGACUUUGACGUGUGGCGGAAGAAGUACAUGCGCUGGAUGAACCACAAGAAGUCCCGCGUGAUGGAUUUCUUCCGUCGCAUCGACAAGGACCAGGACGGCAAGAUCACCCGGCAGGAGUUCAUCGAUGGCAUCCUGGCGUCCAAGUUCCCCACCAGCAAGCUGGAGAUGACGGCAGUGGCGGAUAUCUUCGACCGCGACGGUGACGGUUACAUCGACUACUACGAGUUUGUGGCAGCGCUGCACCCCAACAAGGACGCGUACCGCCCCACUACUGAUGCUGACAAGAUUGAGGACGAGGUGACCAGGCAGGUGGCACAGUGUAAGUGUGCCAAGAGAUUCCAGGUGGAGCAGAUUGGGGAGAACAAGUACAGGUUUGGGGACUCCCAGCAGUUGCGUUUGGUGCGCAUUCUGCGUAGCACGGUCAUGGUUCGAGUGGGUGGGGGCUGGAUGGCGCUGGACGAGUUCCUGGUGAAGAACGACCCGUGCAGAGCACGCGGCCGCACCAACCUGGAGCUCCGGGAGAAGUUCAUCCUGCCGGAGGGGGCGUCGCAGGGCCUGGCGGCGUUCCGCUCGCGGGGACGGCGCUCCAAGCCCUCGUCCCGCACCGCCUCGCCCACGCGCUCCUCCUCCUCCGCCUCCCACAGCGCCCACAGCUGCGCCUCCCUGCCCUCCGCCCCGGCCACGCCCACCGCCUCCUCCAGGUCCACCCACACUCACUCUCGUGGCUAUGCUAAGCCCUGGCUGGCUCACAGUAAAACCUCAACUCCAACCAAGUGCCAGUCCUGCCCAGAGCACAGCCAGACUCCGGGGCCUGAGGGGGCGUCGACCUCCAAGCUGAAGAGGCCCACCUUCCACUCCAGCCGCGGCUCUCUGACAGGGGAGAAUGGCGGCCAGGCCACGCCCAGCGGAGCCAAGCCCAGCCGCACAGACUCCUCUACGAAGCGUGCCCCGUCCUCGGCGAGUGGGCCUGCAAGCCGCGCCGGGAGCCGGGCGGGCAGCCGGGCGAGCAGUCGCCGUGGCAGCGACGCCUCCGACGCCUCGGAGCUGCUGGAGACGCGCUCGGCCUGCUCCGACACCUCCGACACGCCCCGCCGCCCCGGCGCUAAGCCCUCCAAGAUCCCCACCAUCUCCAAAAAGACGCCCAGCCCCAAGACGCCCACCGGCAAGAGAUAAGACCUCCGUGCCACCAGGGGGCGCCGGGCAGAGGCAGAUGCCACAGACUCACAGAGGCGGCUGUGGGGUGGGGAG